CCGCGCUGGGCCGUUCUCGCCGCUGCAACUGACCCAAGGCUUUAAAAGACCGGGACGCGGCCGAGGCUCCGGCAUUAAGUGUCGUGCUGCCGCGUGCGCGUGUGUGCUCCUCGUGCUACCCGCGCUCCUCCCCGCGAUCCGCAACGCCCCGCAACAUCCCGCUCCACGACGUCCCGCAGCGCCCCGCCAACGCUCCGCGAAGUCCGCGUCGGGGGAGUGACUCUCAUCGGCACCGCCAUGAAGGCCUUCCUGUUGGCCGUCGUCCUACUGGGCUGCGCUUGCGCCAUGCCCGUCGGCCAGGACGACAAGGAGGUGUCUGCCGCCGCCCCUGUCCCCAUUGUUCCUGCCGCCGUCGUUCCGGAGGAGGCGAAGCCCGUCAUCCCCGCUGAGCCUGUGCCGAUGGUCAAAGCCGACGCCAUCCCCAAGGAGGCAGAACCUGCCCCCGCCGUUCCCGAGGCUGCCGUCAAGGCGGUCGAGGCUCCCGCUGCCGCCCCUGCCAUCUCGCCCGCGGCCGGAAUCGUACCGGAAGCGGCCAUCAAGCCAUCUGAGGAAGCCAAGAUAGAACCAGCGGCCGACAUCAAGCCGGCCGAGGAGAAGCCAGCGCUCAAGUCCGUCGUCCCUGUUGAGGCGCCUAAAGAGGAAGUCAAAGAGGCCGCGAAGGAGGCGCCGAAGGAGACCAAGGAGGCACUAAAGGAGGCACCCAAGGAGGAGAUGAAGGAACCGAUCAAGGAACCCGCAAAGGAAGAAAUCAAGGAGCCGAUCAAGGAAGCCGCCAAGGAAGCCCCCAAGGACGAGAUCAAGGAGAUCAUCAAAGAGGCGCCCAAGGAAGAAAUCAAGGCGGAAUUGAAGGAAGCCCCGCAAGAAAUCAAAGAGCCUAUUAAGGACACUGUGAAGGAGGAGAUCAAGGAGCCAAUCAAGGAAGCUGUAAAGGAAGCUCCUAAGGAGGAGAUCAAGGAGCCCGUGAAGGAGAUCCCCAAAGAAGAAAUCAAGGAGGCCAUCAAAGAAGCACCAAAGGAGGAGAUCAAGCCAGCCCUCAAGGAAGCUCCGAAGGAAGAAGUCAAGGAACAGGAGAAGCCUGUCGAGAAGGAAAUAGUGCCCAUCAAACAAGAGGCGAAGGAAAUUCCAGCAGAGCCAAUCAAGGAAAGCGUGCCAGAGAAGAAGCCUGAGGACAUCAAGGAGGACAUUCCUGCCGCCAAAACCAUUCCGGAGGAGCCUAAAAAAGAGGAAGAAAAGAAAGAAAAGUUGGACCUUAGCAAGCCCGCCGAUGCUAAGUUUGAGCCCCUUCAGCCCAACAAGGAUCAAGCACUCGUAACUGAAGACAUGAAAGUCGAGCCCUCGAACACCAUCGAGGAGAAGAGCGGCGAGAAAAAACUGUCCGGCGAAGCUGUUAAAUUGGAAAUGGGUGGUGAACUUCCCGAGCCUGCCAAACAGGUCGCCGUCGAUACGAAGAGUGAUGUGCCCACCGCGAAGAUCGCCGAGCAGCCCAAGACUGAGGAGCCAAAGAAGGAGGAUAUUAAAAUAGAGGAGCCCAAGAAGGAAAUCAAGAUGGAAGAGCCCAAGAAAGACGAGGCAAAGAUCGAGGAGAUCAAGAAGAGUGAGAUUAAGAUCGAGGAACCCAAGAAGGAGAUCAAACCCGAGGAAGCCAAGCCACAGAUCGAAGCCGACACUGCCCUCAGGAAACAGCGAGAGGCUGAGAAGGAGAAGAAAGGCGAGGAAAAGAAGAAGCCCACUGAAGUUCCCAAGAAAGACGACCUGAAGAAAGAUGAGAUCAAGAAGGGCAAGAGCGACGAGGCGACACCAGCAGCGCCCGAGCUUAUUAAGACAGCCGAGAUCAAAGAGAUGCCAAAAGAGGAGAUCAAGCAGGAGGAGAUCAAGAAAGAUGUCAAGGAUGAGCUUAAGAAAGAGGAGGCACCGAUCGCGAAAACGUUAGAGGAGGUAAAGAAGGCCGAAGUUCCUGCUGCCGCUGUACCGGAAGUCAAGUCUGAGCCAAUCAAAGAAGAGAAAGUGGAGAUCAAGGAAGAGCCAAAAAAGAUCGAGAUUCCCGCUAUCCCUGCCGAGCCUAUCAAGGAGGAGAAGAAGGACGAAAUUAAAAAGGAGGAUAUCAAACCCUUAGAGAAGAAAGAUGAUCUUAAGAAGGAUGAACAGAGCCUCAAGUCCGGAGUUGCGGGAGUAGUGCCAGUAGAACAAGUCGAAGUUCCCUCAAAGCCCGUCCAGUGAGCAGUGUGCCCAAAGGCCAAAUCAUUGUCAAUAUUCUUCCCUGCGCGCCGUUCCAAGACUUGACAACCCCCCUUUGCUACGUUCUCAAGUCAUGGAAGAGCCAAACGGUUGUGCCCCUUCCCGCGCUAUCAGAUAAAUGUUAAACUAUUUAUUAAAAUCUUCUAGCCGGGAAGGGACAGGCCAGUCCACAGUACAAGUUAGAGUUGCGGUGAGGUCCCCUGUUUCAUACAGUGUAACAGUGUAACGUACAGAAAGAGGACAUUUAGCGCACAGUCUUAGUGCCAACUGCACGUAGAUCGAUCCUGUAUCGGUAUACUAUCGGUAGAGCAAAUUUAGCUGAGUGCAGCAGCAGGUCGUUCGCGUACCGACCCUUUUUUCUGUUUCUAAGUCUUGUAGGUUUAGACUCAGUAUACAGCUUUAUUGUGCAAUUGCUCUGCAUAGAAUUAUCUAAUUGGUGAUACAAAACUGGCCCAUGAUCAUCACGCUUGCCAUCUUGAUUAAAUAUGAAACACGCGGCGUGUAUGUAAGUGUGCCCUGCAGUGUUAUCAAAGCCAAAAGCUCGCAAACUUUUAUUGCGCAUUUCAUAAUUAGGUUAAAUGCAGUACGCGUUGAAAUAAUUGUCUCGACAAAUAAAAUAUCAAAAUGGCUUUCUGGUUUUGGUAACACUGGUCCGUAGUCAAGACUGAUCUGAAGUAUCUGAUGCUCAUGGUUAUAAAGUAAGACGGUUUUGAACAGUAAUUGCCUUAUGUACAUAGGUAACUUUAAGCUGUUCUUUUUUGUAUUUUUCUAAAAUAGUAUAAUUAAUGUGUGAGUGCGUCAUUAUGGUCUUAGCAUUCAUUGCUAUAAAGUAUUACUCAGAAUAGGCCAUUAGUUCCAAGUCUCUAUAGAUGAUUGCAUAGGCGAGUUGUAUGUGAAUAUUUAGUACCCAAGCAUAAAGUGAUCCGCAAUCCAUACCCAUCCUGCUGUCCAUCCAAACAAAAGGUAUUUUGUUACAUGUCUGUAUUUAUAAGUGAUCAGAAAUAAAACAUCUGUAAGGACAACCAAA